AUGGAAAAACCAUUUAACUUUAAACUGUUAGUGCCUCCAAGAACCAAGCUUGGUCAGGUAUCAGCUGUAAAACCUCAAGACCCUGGGCUGUUUGAAAAUAACAGUAGCUUUAUGGCACCAGUUCAGAGUUUUAAUAAAUGUUUUGAGAAAGAGACCAUUUCAAGUACCAAGAUGGUGUUGCCUCCAGAGUCCCCAAGACCAGAAGUCACAAAGAGGAUUGCUGUGAUGCCAAUGGGGAAAGAAGAGACAUCGUUAAGAUCUAGUCAGUUGUAUUCCAAACUGUUUGAAGAGGCUGAAAAAAUAAAAGCAUGGAAAUUGAAAAUGGACAAUGAUAUUGCACAAAAAGAGAGAAAGCUUCAGGAGAACAGAAGGACAAUUGAGACACAGCGCAAAGCCAUUCAAGAACUUCAGUUUGAAAAUGAAAGUCUCAGCAUGAAAUUAGAGGAACAACUAAAUGAAAAUGAAGAUAUGAGGAAUAAAAGUAAUGCAACAAGAAAUUUGUGCAACAUUCUAAAGGACACUUUUGAAAGAUCUACUGAGAGAAUGAACCUGUUUGAGGCAGAAAGAGAAGAAACUCAUGGUCUCUUCUUGCAAAACCAUGAAAACAUUCAGAGGAUGGUUGCUGCAUUUGAAAAUCUGCGGCUGCAAGCAAAGGCUGACCAGCUAGAAAUGUUAAAAGCUAAGGAAGGCCUUAAACAGUUUGAGGACCUUAAAGUGAGAUUUGAGACUGAGUAUCACAUGAAGGAAGAGAAGGUUUCCCUGCUUGAAGAAAAACUAAGAGAAAAGGAAAGUCAGUUUACAGAAACUUUACUCAAACUCCAAGAGACUCAGGAAAACUUCAGGCAACUUCAGGAAUCUGCAAACCAGCAUCUUGAAUUACUUCACAACUGUAAACAAGAACAGGAUGAACUUAAGGAAAAAUUGGAAAGAGAACAACAACUCAGGUGUGAGAGUGAGGAAAACCAGAAAUCAUUAGUUAACAUGCUUGAACAAACCAAAGAAAUGUAUGUCAAUAAACUUCUGGAGAAAGAUACCAAACUUAAAGAAAUAAAUAAUAUCAAAGAACAAUUGGCACACCAAAUUGAAGAGAUACAAGAAGCAGCAGAUUCCUUACAGUCAUCUUUAAAAUCUGAGAAAAAGAGGGUUCAAGAACUUGUAUCAGAGCUUAGCACAGUAUCUCAGGAGCUCUGCAGCAAAAACACUGAACUAGGAAUAAUAAGAGAAGUGAAAGUGGAGUGUGACAGCCAAAUACAAGCUCUGAAAUUUGAAAUGGAAACAAAGGAAAAUACCCUUAAAUCUUUUGAGGAAAAGAUAAAAGCAGAUGAAAGACAGAUUCUUCAGCUGACUUCAGGACAUCAGGAAAAACAAGCAAAAAUAAACAAUUUGAAGGACAAACUGGAGACUGCUGCAGUUGAAAACAAAAAAAUGGUAGCUACCCUGGAAGAGGCCGUAAAUGAGCAAGUGCUAUUGAAGGAGCAUUGUUUUUUGAAAGAGGUCAAACUGCAAGAGGUUGAAGGGCAGUUAUUAGAAGCACUGAAGAAAGAGAGCGAAUCCUCUAAUAAUACUGAAAAAUUGCAAAAGGAUAUCGAUCAGUACAAGAAUAGAUAUGAUAUUCUACUGGAGAGAUUUAAUCAGCUUCUUCAGAAGAAUACUGUACAACAAGAGAACAGUGAUCCAAAGGCAGAGGAAAUUAAAGAAACUGAGGAAAAAAUGAAAAUUCAAGUCGGGAAACUUGAGGUGGAAAAACAACAACUACAAAAGCAGUUGGAGGUACUAAAUACAAAAAUUGAGGAGCAACAUCAAGAGAAUGAGAAUAUUCAGGGACUGUUGAGGAAAUCGAAUAAAUGCUCACAGAAUAGGCUGAUGAAGAAGGAAAAACAAGUCAAAGCACUGGAACUAAAGUUAACAAAUCUAAAAAUGAAACUGGAGGCCAAAGCCAAGACUCAGUAUGAAAAUCUGAAAGAAAUAGCUAAAUUAAAAGAAGAGUCCCAAAGCCUGAAACACCACCAUGAGAAAGAAUACAAGAGAAUAUGUUCUGAGCUGGAAAACAAAUCAGCAUCUGAGGCUAAGCUUACAUUGGAGGUGCAGAAAUGGAAGCAAACAUUACUGGAAGCAACAAAGGACAAAGAAGACACUGAAAUCAAAUUCCAACAGAAGAUAGCUGAAAUGGUUGCUUUGAUGGAAAGGCAUAAGCAUGAGUAUGACCAAAUGGUGGAAGAGAAGGAUGCAGAACUGAAUGAGAAAAGAAUGCGAGAAGCUGAAGUUAAUGCUAAUAAAACUUCAUUGGAGCUGGAACUAUCCUACCUGCAGGUUGAAAAUGUACAAUUAAAACAACAACUUGGUGAAAUAAAAAUGGAAAAGGAAACCCUGCAGCAGCAAGUGGAAGAACUUACAAAGAUGCAGAUAUCUCAGAAGGACAUUCACCAAAAGAAAGAGGAGUAUCUAGAACAAGAAAUGAUGGCCUUAAAGAAGCAAAUUAAAUCUCUUGAAAACGACAAGACUCAAAAGCUGUCUACUGCUUCUGAUGAGAAAGGCACUAAAACACCAGCUGUUGCUCCCAUCAAGAAAUCAACCCCUGCAUUUUCAGAGAAGACAGGAACUGAAACUCCAUCCAGAAAAGACCCAACAACACCUUUUAGAUUAGAUAACAGUCUUCAAACACCAUCUUGGACUUUGGGAACAAAAACAGGAACAACACCUCGCAUAAGGUCUUUCAGAAUACGCACACCACCUUCAGCAGAGAAAUCAGUACCAUGGAAGACAAACACCCUGGAGCUGGAUCCUAAAUCUGACAGCUCAGACCAAAAUGAUGUACUGAGUUUCUCUACAGUCAUUAACAAGGAAACAAAAGACUCUGGAACAGAAUGCCUGGCCUUAUUCAAGAAGGUACAGAGUUCUGCUGUUUAUAAAUCUCCUGGAGCAGCAUUAAAACUGGCAGCUAUGAAGAGGAUGCGGGAUGCUGGUUGGACUACCGUUACCAGUUUAGACAAGAAAAAGAAAAAAGCCACUGAAAAAAUAUUUGCUUAA